GUUUUCCCCGUUUUCCCGGUCCCGCCGCCGCGCUGGAGGCCGUGGCCGCGGGGUCGGCGCCGGGCCGGGGGUUCCGCUGCGGCGGCCCCGCUCCGCUCCGCUCCGCUCCGCUCCCCUCCUCCGCUCCGCUCCCCUCCUCCGCUCCGCUCCGCUCCGCCAACCGGCCGCCCGGACGGUCCUUGGGCGGGGAAGCCCAGGUCAAAUUCCAAAGACUCAGUAACCACCUCCGUCUUCUGCAGGGAAGAAAGUCAGGAUUUGAAGUGCUUUGAAGAAUUUGAAGAGACAAGACAUUUUGGCCUGGAAACGUUAAGAAGAAGACAGUGAUGGAGUUGCUGCAGUUACACCUGGAUACUACGAUUUCUUUACUUCAUUAUCGGUCUGGUUCCAGCCCUAAUUAUGGACCAGAUUUUGAAAAUUCUCAUCAAACACCAUCUAGGGAUGGAAAAAGGACUGAAUUGUAACUGCAGGCACAUUGACAAGUAACCCUUUCAAGAUGCAUAAAAAUCUGUUUCAAGUGAAGAGGCAGAAGGGAAGAAAAGAAUGAAGUUCAAUGGCGAUAAUCGACCCUUCGCCACCAAGUGAAAAUCAUCUCCUGCAGCCCCUUCCUCUUCAACCUCAUGGAUCCCCUGGAAUCCGGCGGUAAAGAAAUCGUAGAGAAGAGCUUCGUUGCCUCUCUUGCCUAGGUUAAUUGGUCUCCACGAUGGCCAGCAAAAGAAAAUCCACCACGCCUUGCAUGAUACCAGUGAAGACGGUGGUGUUGCAGCAGCGAGAAGCAGACCCGGCUAAUGAAGGACCUCGCCAGGACUCAGCGCCUGAUGUGCUCAGAGUUAGCGAGGCGGCUAACAACUCUACCCGGAGCGGAGCGCCGGCUGAAGGACGGUGUGAUGGCGAUACUUAUCUGUGUAAGUAUUGUGAUUUCGGCUCUCAAGAUAUGAGUCUGUUCAUGGGCCAUAUGGAUUCAGAGCACACAGACUUUAGCCAAGACCCCUCUUUUGUAUGCACUGAAUGCAGUUUCCUAGCAAAAACGUCCGAAGGGCUUUCUCUCCACAACGCCAAGUGUCACGCGGGCGAAACCCGCUUCAUCUGGAACGUGGCCAAAGAGGACAGUCACGUCACCGUGGAGCAGAGCGUCUCUGACAGCACCAGCAGCCAGGAGUUCUCGGGCGAGUCCUCUCAGGAGGGAAGCGAGGGGCAGCCCGAAAUCAUCAUCACCAAGACACCCAUCAUGAAGCUGAUGAAGGGUAAAACCGAAGCCAAGAAAAUUCACACGCUGAAGGAGAACCUGCCCAAUCAGACGGUGGCGAGAGCGCGGCCAACCCAGCCACCGGGGGCCCGAGGGGAAAGAAAGCGAGCGACUCUUAGCCAACGGCCGGGCGGAGCCCAAGCCUUCCAGCAGCCCCACCACAGCCGAUGCUACUCAAGUGCUCCCAAGGUGAUCCUGAGCAGCAUUCAACCUACAAGAGCCAUGGACUCCACAGUUUCUGAAGAACUCUUUCACAAGUUCCUACCGCAAAGCGGCUCUGCUACUGACGUCGUGACCAGUACCGGAGGAGCAGCUGAAGUCUGGUUUCACGGCCCAGAGGUUGAAGCGGGGAUCAGUUGGUCCCCGAGGAUCGAGGACGCCGGAAAGAUGUUAACACGGUGCCAGUCGGUCCCAGCCACGAUCACAGUCCUAACCCCAUCGUGGCAAAUGCCGGCAUGUCAGCAUCUCAUCCAGGCGGCCAUCCCGGGCAUGUUGUCAGGCGCCCGAAGGGCCGCGGGCUGCUGGUUUCCCGCCAGUGGUGCGAUGGGCUCCAGGGGACGCUCUUCCUCCGGUGCGAUGAUCGGCCAAGCGGCGGCGCCACGUGCACUGGUGUUCCAGUUCGCGACGGUGAAGGUGGUCACGGCGCCAGUUCUGCUCACCGCCUGCCCAGCAUAUCUGGCGUUCCUAGACGCGAGUUUCAAGAACAAAGUCUCAGAACGGCUGUCGGCCCUGAAGGGAGCUUUUGCGGAAUCAGUUCCGGGUCAGAGCGAAGUGGAGCACCUGACAAAGUAGGCCACGACGAGGGAGGUGCGCAAGUGGUUCAGUGAAGCGAUACACUGCGGAAGGAAUUUGAAAGGAGCCAGACCCGUGUUCGGCGGGGAGACGGCGGCUGAUCAUCGGAUUCCGCCCAAAAUUGCCUUUAGUCUGUCUCCUAAAGCACCGAUUUAACCUGCCUGGGGGGCGGCAACCCCAUCCCCCACGUGCACCAGGAUCGCGAGGCGGCAGUCCUGGACAGACGACUUCACCCCUGCCAGAUACAAGAGCGAGCCCCUGACGCUCAGAGCCUGGAGAGCAGCUUUUGCACAAAACCCUGCCGCAGAAGAGGAAGUGGAUGUCUACGGAGUGAACAAGAUGACCCGAAGAGAGAUCGACAGCUGGUUUUCCGAGAGGAGGAAAAGGAAGGGGGCCGAGGAGCACAAGAGGUGGAAGAGAGGGCUUCUCGGCGGAGGAGGUGGAAGAGGAGGAGGAGGGCGGGGAGAGGAGGGGGCCGAAGGGGGUGGCGGAGGAGAGGAGUCCGUGGACAGUGGGAGGGAGCCGGAGGCCCCGGGGGCAGUUGUCUCCCGGGAGAGAGGAAGGUCGCCCAUCAUCAACCUCAAGAACUGAAGGUCACGAGGAAACGGGCAGACCGAGUUGCCGGGGCAAGGCGCCCCGACCCCGAGGAGGAGUUGGAGCAGGUCUCGGAGCCCCGAGAAGCAAAGCCAACUGUAAGAAGACCGCCAGCAGCGGCACUUGCUUCGGCAGCGCUUCGUCCAGACCCAGUGGCCACAAUCAGGAGUACGACAACUGGUCACUCAGUCGGGCCUGCCCAGAGCUGAGGUGGUGCGCGGUUCGGGGGAUAGCAGGUACGCGUUAAAGAACGGGAGGGCAGUUGAGUGGUAUGAGGACUAUAAGCAGGGGGAUUUCCCUCCGGGCCUGUCGGACAUCAGCCCAAGCCACGGGCAGCUCCUUCAGGACUAUUACAGGCCCACAAGGCCACUGAGGGGGAAUUCAGAGCCUGUGCGACAGACCAAUGCUCGGCGAGAUCAAGCUCUGAAGCAGAUUGAAUUUAAACUGACUACUGUGAAGGAUAUGCCAAAUUUGGGAAGAUGUCAGAUCCAAAGGGCCGAAUCUGAAUCUCAACAGCAGGGUAUGGUUGACGUGCCCUGCGGUUGUGACUCCCUUUUUAGCAAAGCACACUGGGAAGAGUCUGCGAGAAAGCAGAACGGGCUGCUGCCCAUGUAUCUGAUCAAAAUCUACUGGAAAAAUAGUGAAAAGCAACAGGUGUUUCAUUAUCAGCCAGCUUGA